GCGUGGGGAUUCCUGAGGAUUACCCGGCGUGCCCCGCGGGGGAAGAUGGCGGCAGAGGCGCAGGGAAGGAGAUAAACUUUAUCCCAAAGCGAAACAGCCGAAACCGGGAUAGCGGAUCCGGGCGGGACUGGGCAGGCUGGAGGCGGGCGGGUAGGGCGUGUGACCCGUGCGGUGAAAUACAGCGGCAACAGCGGGCGACAGAGGCACGGAAACUUGCCCGGAGAAGGGAUGUUGCGCUAUGUGGGGUGCCAGCGGAUAAAGUUUAUUAUCCCGGACUGAGACUCGGGAUUGAAUUGGAGUCUGCCCUCUCACCCUUUGGAAAGUGCUGAGCGUGAGAAGCCGCGAGUGGGUCCGAGGAAUUCGGCGGAGCCCUGCGGCGCUCGUCUCGCCAGCACCGCUGCACGGAGCAGUGCCAGAAGUAUCAGCCAUUAAUCACUCCCGAAAUCAACAACUGGUGUGUGGUGAAAGUGCAGGUUAUCAAUAGCCUUGAGGUCAUAUAGCAGAAGCAGGAGAAUGUAGAACACUGGAUCGAGUUUCCUAAGAGAGACAAAUGAAGAGAAAUGCUUCAGCACCCAGCACUGUGCUUUGUUGAACAGAAAACGUGGCUGGAGUCCUGUGGAUGAAGACAUCGCUGGGUCGCAUUCAGUUUUAGGUUGCCGAGCGGCACUAACGGAAGACAGCAGCCCCAGGAUGACGAGCGCCGUUCCCGCGCGGAAGCCGUACCGCAAGGCGCCGCCCCAGCACCGGGAGAACAGGCACGACCUGCCGGUGUUCAGGGAAGAUCUGGGGCCGCCAGUGACCCUGCCGCAGCCGGAGCCCUGCCAGGAAAGCUUGUCGGAUGCAGACAAGAUUAAGGUCCUGCAGCAGCAGAACGAGGACCUGCGGCGCCGGCUCACCUACACCACCCACAAGAUGGAGGCCAUGGAGGCCGAGUUCGAGUCCGGCCGGCACUUCAUGCAGGCGGAGCUGGGCAGGACCAAGGAUGACCUGGAGAAGCUGAAGGACAAGUUCCGCAGGCUGCAGAACAGCUACACCACUUCGCAGAGAGCCAAUCAAGACCUUGAGGAGAAGCUCCAUGCACUGGCUUCUAUAAGUCAGACCUGGGUCUAUGCACUAAGAAAAGUUGAGAGAGAUAAGAAGACCAUGGACCAGGAGAUCGUAGAACUAACAAACAAACUUCUGGAUGCUAAGAACACCAUUGAUAAACUGGAGGAACUGAACGAGCGCUACCGGCAGGACUGUAACCUGGCAGUGCAGCUGUUGAAGUGCAAUAAAUCUCAUUUCAGGAACCAUAAAUUUGCUGAUCUUCCCUAUGAGUUGCAGGACAUGGUAAACAAGCACAUGAGGUCCACUCUCCCGGACUCUGAGGCGGCUCAGCAGGACCCGUUCCAGAGCCUCCCGCUGGCCGAUGUGGUGCCCACCGCCGUCAUUGCCAGGGUGCUGGAGAAGCCGGAGCCGCUGGUGCUGAAUUCCGCCCAGUCCAGCAGCAGCGCCGGGCGGCCCGUGGCCGAGGACGUGUUCGUGCACGUGGACAUGACGGGGCCGCGGGCGGCGGGCGGCGGGCAGGGCGGGGAGAACGGGGGCCCGGGCCGGGCGGCCCGCCAGCAGCAGAACGGAACGGCCACGCGGCGGAGCAGCUCGGAUCGCCCGCUGGGGGAGGACGGGGGCAACGGCGCCGCGGUGCCCUCUUUCGAGAAGUUGAGUCCCUACCCUGCCCCCCCGCCUCCCCACCCCCUCUACCCCGGCCGCAAGGUGAUCGAGUUCUCCACCGACGAUAAGGUGAAGAUCCCAAAGAACAGCCCCCUGCCAAACUGCACCUACGCCACCCGGCAGGCCAUUUCCCUCAGCCUGGUGCAGAGUGAAGAGGAGGGCGGGGAGCGGCAGCGGACAGGGCCGAGCAGCCCUUCGGUCUCCGAGGGGGGCUGGCGCUCGGGGGCCUCCUCCUCUUCUGGUGGCCGCCACGACACCCCACAGCAGGACGUGGCCGACCCCCACUCCAGCCAGUCCAGCCCCUUCAGCAGCCCCCCUCAAGCCCCCAGUGCGUUUGCCAGCUCGGGUAGCUCUGAGGAGGACCUCCUGGCCAACUGGCAGCGCAUGUUUGUGGAGAAGAUGGCCCCGGCCACAGAGGGGAUCUUAGUCAAUCGCACCUCCUUCAGCAGCGAGACCGUCAAGGAGCUGCAGAGGAGCCGCCUGGGGAAGGCAGCACUGGAGAGGGGUGUGGCGGCUGGGGAUCAGCACGGGAUCUACUCUGAUGGAGAGGAGUCGUCUCCCCGAAGCUGGACAGCCAGCCGGGAGUCCAGUCUCGACACCGACAACAGCAGCGCGGAGGCGCGAGCCCGGAAGAGCCAGUAUGGCAGCAACUUCUCCCGGGAGGAGAGUGAGAAGCUCCUGAUAGCUCUGGAUGCUCAAGACGAUGGAGGCAGCUGCGACACCACUAUCACCGUGGCUCCGGCCCUGGCCAAGACCAGCCCCAGCGCCAGGACGAAGGAAUAUGUGGACGUCGAGUCAGCCGGAAGCUCCACAGAGGAGAGAGACAUCCUGCCGCAAGAUUUCCCCAUCAUUACUCCCAGGGUCUUGGCAGGGCUGGAGGACCUCGUGGAGAAGCCGCCAUCCCAUCAGCAGACCGGCCCAGGUACCUCAUCCACCAGGCCACAGAAGAGCCCCAAAAGGAUGGGCGUGCACCAUCUCCACCGCAAAGACAGCCUGACCCGGGCGCAGGAGCACGGGACUCUUCUCGACUAAGCAGGCCCAGCUGAGGCUCUGCUGUGGUACUCCUUUCGCCGUGUGCAGUGGCAUAAGGGCUCCGGUGACAGCGAGGGAACUGGAAUGGAUUUGUCAACAGGCGUCCGAUGUUUGCAGAGGUUCCCGUCUGUCUAUAACGGUCUUACUUUCUUUCCUACAGCUGGCUCAUUCAGCUCCACAGGAGCUGGGUUCUGAAGAGCUUACAGAAUGACAAGAGGCGUUAGCCUCCUGCUCUGGGCUUGGAGGAGAAAACUUUCAUUAUUUUACUGUAUGCUGGUCUCCAGUGUUUCAAGUGUCUUACGAGGUUUCAUUCUAAAAGAGGUGAGUCUUAAUACACAGGAAGGCUUUAGGCUUCCUUCAGACCUUUGGAAAAUGGUUUACCCCAGAAUGUAGUCAUGUUGCAGUUUUUUCCUCAAGUACCAUGCACCUGUGUGCUCGCGUUCCACAUCAUUCCCAACUGGGGACUGUUGGAUAUUCAUGGGUUCAAAUGGAGUAAUUGUGAUGCACAAGCUAAACGUUCCCAGGUUUUUAUGCACGGAGCUUAAAAAGCACACCAAAGCAGAGGAUGUUUGCAUCUUGAAUCGCCACAAAUCACCGAUUUCUCUGUGCCCAUGGACUCCCUGGAGAGAUCAGGGUUUUUUUCCUGGGCAGCACGUGGCACUUCCAGUGUGCCUGGAUUGUGUGUAAGUAUCUGCGGCUAGCCACCUGGAGUCACAGCGGUGUCCCUGUGAGGCAGGUGCUGCCCCAGGAUUGCUCCAGCUGCCUGACUCGGACACUCCUGGUGCCUGUCCAUUCCCUGUGCAGGCUUGGGUAGGCAUGGCAGGAGGGAGCGAUCCACAUUUCAAAGUGGAUCUCUUCAUGCGUCAUCAGUUGUUGAAAAUGGCAUGAAGUAAGUUGUCCAGAAACACUCAGAAGGCUCACCAAUGGCAGGCCACUUGAAGUCGUAUUGUGAACUUCAAAAUACAAUUAUAAGCAUCUGAAGACUUUUGGGGCAGUUAACUUUGCAAAUAUACCGUAGCAUUAAUGAUUGAGUGAAUUUUAGAUCCACUUUGAAAAGUAUUUUAUUUCCUGACAUCUUUAGGUGUGAAAGCUCCAAUGGGAAGCCUGUUCAACACAAUGAAUGUGGUUGGUGUGAUCGUUAAUCAGAUAUCGGAGUGCUUGCCCUGCCCAUGGUGUCAUAGCAUUAAGCGAUCAAGGUGUUCCUGACACAAAUGCUUCCUCCGCUUCAUUCGGUGAAGUUCACUACUGCACUUUCAGUUCAGAUGUUUUCAUUUUGUGAUUGCGGUUUUGAGAUUUUUAUCUUCCUUUUGAGUGUUGGGUGUGGCGGCCUAUGUUGACAUGCUUCUAUUAGUAGGGUAUUCCUGGUGUUUCGUGCAGUGUGAAAAAUGCAACAACACUUGAUUGACCAGGAAUGGAGGGUCCUCUUAAAAGGCAAACUUCUCUUUAUUGUGUUUUAUAAGUGUGUAAGAAAUUACAGAAACCGUUAAGUACUUUUAUAAUUGCCUUUUCUAAGUUUCUAGUUCCAAUAAAGCUUCAAAAUAGAACAUGAAAUCAAAGUGUUAAAGUGUCAGCAUUGUGUAAAUUGUCAAAUCAGCAUUUAUAUAAAUGUAUUGGGCUAAUGAAACAGUUCAUGCACAAAGAAUUAACAUUAGUCCUGCAACUGAUCUUGAUUUGAAAGCGAUUAAUGCAGGUCUAUUGAUUGUCUUUUGACUUGCAUACCGAGAAAUGAAUCAUGUCUUCUGAUUUUGCAAUUUAUGAUUACAAAGAGGUUUUGUUUUUGUGUCCAUCUAAAACCAGGGAGCAGUUAGCUGCAGAAGAGACAUUAAGUCUAGGUUCACGGGUCAGCACCGAGCAGGAGAAACACCUUAACAGUUUAUAAGACUGAAUAACUUAAUGAUGAACAGCUCUCUUAUGCAGAGUCAGCACCCAAGUGUUUUUUGAGCUUGAAGGCGGAUCCUUUGAACCUCUGUAAAUGUUAACUGGUGCCUACUGUUAGAGGGAUCUCUGCUCUGUUAGAGAUGUUUCUACCCAUCUCUGUUAUGUGCUGCUAUACCAUGAUCACAGGCAAUUCGUUUGCAGUAUUCAAAUAUUUAACAGAAGAGAUAGAACAUUUUUAGUCUUAAAAGGUGCUGAUGUGGAUUUUUGACCUUCUAUUACAAAUACCUACUUCAUCCAUCCUCAAUAGGAAAUGUUCACAGAAAUCUAGGAGAGUUGAAAGAGCUGAGCUCUCAAGGCAAUUAAUAUUUCCUAUGAUUUGUGUGCAUGUGUUUUGCAGAACCUUGGUUCCCAGGCCCAAUGUCAGAGCAGGGGUCUUUAGAAAAGGACACGCACAGAACCUGCUUCCAGCUGUGUUCUUUGACUUGCCUGUUGACAGCUGCUUCUCACUGUAGCACUGAUAUAGAGGUGCCCCUAUUCGCUCAGAGGGUUCCUGCCAGGCUGGUGUCGUGUCUUCUCUCUCAUACUCCAUCAAAGAUAUCUUCAUUGUAUGGUGUGGCAUGGAGGUGCAGUGGUGAGCACUGGGGCCUGGUUCAGUUCUUGGGGUGCUGUCCGCAUGGAGUUUGCAUGUUCUCCCCGUGUUUGUGCGAGUUUCCUCCCACAAUCCAAAGACAUACUGGUAGGUUGAAUGGGCUCUGGUUUGAGUGUCUCCUUCUACCCUGUGAUGGACGGGAGUCACGUCCUGCCCACGUCCAGGGCACAUCCUGCCUUGUGUCUGUUGCUUGCUGGAUAGGCCCCGGCUCCCCAUGACCCCAACAGAUGGAUAAUAGACAGUUAGAAAAUAUUUGGGUUACGUCAUGGCAGAAGUGCGUUUGGAACAGGGAGUAAGCAGAGCACUUCUUGUUUAUUUCGGAGGAGGGAUGACCAGCUCUAAAAAGUGUUGCGAAUCCUGGUGUUUGCAAGUUCAGGAAGUCGGCGCAGGUUGCUUUUUGGAAGUCGAGCAUAAGGGAAGUUGCCCUUGCUAACACUUUGCCAGCUGGCUGUCUCGUGUGAUGAACACAAGGUUUCUCCUGACAGCUUCCUGAGCGUCUGGCGCAAGACUCAGGACGGGUUGUCUUUACAGUAGUUCAUGCUGUGUAGUAAGGCUGGCGUGAGAGGCUUUCUUUGAAAGCAGGAAUAUGCACUUUUUGCUUUAUUCUUGUUCUGUAAUUGAAGGUUUAGUUCCUUUAAGAAAAUGUGCCUUUUUCACCUUUCCCCUUUUAGAGCGUUGGACUUCAAAGGGUGUGUCAGAUAAAAGCAAAAAUAAAAUCCUCUCUGUAUGUUGUUCCUUUCUUGAUGAAACGAUUAGUCAACAGUUAAUUUACACUUCCAUCUGGCUCAGGGCUGACUUAUUAAUUGUAUUGUACCAUGCUUUCACAAAAAGCACACUGUCUUCAUGGAUGUAGCACUGCAGAAGUGCAAUUUUGUUUUUAAAUUUAAGAAUUCAGCAGUUAGUUUACCUGAUCAGGAAUGUAAUCCUAAUUAUUGUAGCAUCAUUCUUAUUUUCAUGAUUAUUCCUUUUGAUCUUUGUUUAAAAUUUAUCUGUUCCUAUGUGUGUUUUUGUGUACAUGUCUAUGAUUUUGAAUUGACUUUUUUGGUAUUAUUUUUCCCCUUUGCUUUCCAUUAAUCACUAGUAAAAUUUCUGAGGUCUUAUAGCUUUCAAGAGAAUACUGCUUCACAUAGUGGGUUGUGUGUUAGUAUGUUUCUUUAACUGAUGUUCAGUUCAGAUUGCAGCGAAAGUGUUGCUGCUUAACAUGAGUUCAAGGGCAUUGAGAGAGAUGGAACGUUUUUCUGUAGUUUGGAUAUUCAGUGGUAUAUGUGAUUGUUUAACUUUAAAGUACUAAAACACUAAACUAAAAAAUGAAGUUGCACACCACUGCAUGUUUCCCAUUAAAGCAUUAAUGUAUUUUACUUAAGGGUUAUGUUUAUGGUAGCAUAAUUUAGGUUGGGGUUUAGCUACCACACUGUUGCUAGAUGUGUGCAGUUGAGUGUUCUUAAUCCACACCAAUGUAUCCCAGCAAAUUACACUUGAGAAUCACUGUAGAUUAAACCAUGGUAAAAUGUUUUUAUCUUGGGUAGAAUUAAAGAAUGUUCUCCAGUAUUUGGAGGUAGACAAGGUGCUAUUUUAAGGUGUCUAAAGUUAGAGAGAUUUCUGUAUUUGAGUGGCUACAGUGUCCUCAAAUUCUGUCAGUGUUGAGUCCUGUGCUUUUUCUGUUCAGAGCAUGCUGGGAUAUAGGCAGAACUGCAAGAGCUAACUUUAUCCCAUCUGGAGAAGAGAACAGUGUUUCCCUUUGCUGGGAGCAAUAAAUACUUCAGACAUUGAUGCCAGUCAUACAAACAGACUUUCAUAACGCAGCCUGCCAGAGGCAGUAUUAUUCAUUUAUUCAGUUGAUAUUUUUUAUCCAAGGUCACUUUCAGUGGCAAUUGUGCGAUUGCCCAUUUCUAGAGAAUUUAAGUGCUGGAGCAGUCUGGGUGCAGUAUCUUGCUCAAAGGCACUGCAGAAGCAUUCCCACCUGGCAUUCGAACCCAUGACCCUGCAGUCAGGUGUCCAGAGCUAGCAGCCAGAGGCUGCCAGCACUCUUUCAACCAUCUUGCAUACAGUGAAAAAUAGUCCUAUUUAAGGCAGCCUGCCUUUCUUUGGAGCAUAUGUCAUUUCUGCAUGUGUGGAAGACAUGACUUUCCCUAUAGCUCUAUAUACUUCUGCAGCAGUCUGUACAUUUAAUUAUUCAACAAAAUUGGCCUUGGAAUGACAAGUAGAAUGUGAGGUCAGGACUGUUGGAGGUUUGAGGACAUGUGAUAUAAACUUUUUUGUAUUGCUCUUUUAUUAUAUAUAAAGGUACUUCUUAUGUGCCAUAAUUGAUAGAUAUAUAACUACCCUCCAAAAUUAAUAAUGCAUUCUUUUUAUUACAUUCUAAAAUAGACCUCCUAUAUUUUGUCAUUUGUCAGCAUCACAUGUGGAAAAGGGCUAUAUAAAUAUUUCAGUACCUUAUAAGAUAUUCUCAACCCACAGUCCUAACCAGCUUUACAACAAAGCAAAAAUGUCUUCUUUAAAAAUAGAUGGUUUGGCUCAUUCUUUCGUAGCUUUUAUGGACCUUGUCUUAAACAUGCAUGAAUAUUAAUUGGAAACACUAGUACAAGACACAGGCAGCUCCAAAGCCAGUCAUACAUGGGGAAACUGUGGAAGAAAAUGAAAUGUAGUAGUAUUCAGGAACAAGUGCUGCACCUUUUAAAGUGUUGCUUUAAAUUAUAUGUUUUGUUGAACAUAUGGUCCUAAACUUUUUAUUUAUUACUUAAAAUUGGUAGGUGAAAAGUUGAAAACAUUUCUUGCAUUCAUAGGGUAAAAGCUCAAACUGAAUUAGUCUUAUAACUGAAUUACUCACUACAGUUUAUAAUUAACUUUCUCUGGAUGCAUUUAAAGUUCUUGCUAAACAUUCCAGCUUAUUCUGAACAGAAGUGUCACUGGGCAUCUUAAUUUGUAAUGAUCACAAAUUAGACAUGAACUGCAGCCCUCAAUCUUGCAGUGUCCAAGCUGUCAUUGACUGAUGUAUACAGUCUGCAUUCAUUUUAAUGAACGUCAUGACUCCCAACAGUGAAAUAGUCCAUAUUAUGGUAGUUUCCACUGUCCUGUUAAUUUCCUUUUGUGUCAUAACUCUGGGACUAAAAUUCCUUCUCCACCUCUCUCUAUUCGUUGAACACUUGAGUAUCAUGUAGGAAUCUGUUCUUGUUGACCCAUUAACCAGUUAACAUACAAGAGCAAAUGUUGCACUUGUUGACUUACCCAAGGAGCAAUAACUCAAGUGGUCAAACGUCUGUUUUCCGGCUGGCUUGAUAAGUAUUGAAGUUGACGAUAUCUCCAAGGCGCUUCUGCUCCUCUGGGUGAGGUUUUAAAAUUGUGCUCAGCUGGUGCUUUGUGUGCAGAGUCUGCUUACUUGCCCGCAGUGUUUGCCAGGAGAACCCAUGUGCGCCUGUUACCUGGCCUACUGUAUCUGAAAUUCCCGCCAUCGGCACUCGUCUGACUGGGGUAAAGGCUGUGGAGUCAGAAUGGAAGCUGCCCUCCUCAGGAUCCCCUCUGAAGGCUGUCAGAGGGGCACUGACACGCGUCGCGUUCUUGGUGUUAAUUGGUUAAUCAGGUGCUUUUUGUGCCGGGGGGGAAAAAACAUUUUGUAAAUUUAAUUUUUCACCCCCACGUAUCUGUUCUUCCAUCGCAUUUGUUUCUCCGUGUAGUUGGACCAUGUACGUUUUCCCAUCCUUGUCAAAAGAAAAGACUGUUAAACCUGUACUAAUUUUAUUUUCUGACUUUUUAAACUGAGGAUGUAUAUUUUAAAAAACAAAUAAACUAUUUUAAAAUUUG